GUCGUGUAUUCAUCCUCCCGUGUCGGUCUGUGAUUUCAAGAUUUCUCUGGAUACUUGAAAAUCUAUUCGACGAAUCGCGAUUGCAUAGAGCGACUCGAAAAAUGAAAGAAGAACAAUGUCGGGUCUCAAGGCGCCCGCGGGCUAUUCACGCACUAGCAAUGGAACCAAGCCGAAGAGCAGGAUUUGUCGAUUGAAAUCUUCUCGAUCGCUGAUACCCUCCCUAGCGGGAAAUAUCCCGGAAAAAACCUUGGAAGUAACCGAAUCCUCGUCAUCGAGCCCUAGCAGAUCAUCCACAUCGCCGCGAAGAACUUGUAGCGACCGAAAAUCGCCCAGAAGACCAUCGAUAGAAGAACGUCAACAGACGUAUCAUAGUCCUAAGCGUUCGCCGAGGAAAUUUUUACCGUUGUUGGAUGACGAUUCGUUUCAGGACGAGAUGGGUCUGGGACUCGAAGUGUCGUCGACCACAUCAACAUGCGUCGGCGAAAGAUCUGGUAUGUCCUUCCUGGAGUUCGAGACUCUAUAUACCUUGGAAAAGGAGAUGCUGAUGCAAUCGCGAUGCAAUCACGAUCCAGCGGCCCAGUUAAACGACAAGUGCAUGGUAACGGGAUGGUUUGGCGGUAGAAGAGGUGUCUAUACGGAACUUCCAGAUCCCUUGCUGUGCCAUCGCAUGUGUAUGUGUGAUGCAGUUACACCUGUCUCCAGCUCGCAGGCGCCAACAGAAGGAUUCAGCUUUGCACCUGGAUGGUCUUUAAAUGCAGAUCAUUUUUAUCAGUGGCAACAUCGCGGAAAAACUACACAGCAGGUAGUUCGUGAUUAGUUUUGAAUACUAGAUUUACUUCGAAUACUAGAUGUUUUAAUUAAGACUUUGCCAAAGAAACAUUAAUAGAAACAGGUACUGAAAACAGUAAUGAAGUAAUGUGUUAAUAACGGUAAUCAAUCGCGAUCAAGAUUCCCCGCAAUUAAAAAUAUUUUACUCAAAAGAAUAUUAACUCAUUUUAAAGAGAUUAAUAGAAAUAGAUAUUAGAAAUAAUAAAAUAAAAAUCACUAGAAAUAGUUUAUUUUUAAAUUACGUUGAUAUAUCUCUGUUAAAAUAUUUUCUUAUUUUGACACAGCUACGUAUACAAUGCUCAGUGCAUUGAAUCAGUGGUUACAAAUUUCUCUAUAAUACUUCUCCGUAAUAUUAAAGAGUACACUUCUUUAAUUACAUAAUUAUGCAUAAUUUAACUGAUUCGUAUUGAUAAAAAAUGAAAAGAAUCGAUGAGUUAUAUGUUAAAAAGCAUUCUUGUAAAUGUGGACGCACGCACCAGAUAUUAUUGAUGCACUCGAUUGUACAAUCAUUUUGUAAGAAUUAUUGGCAGCAAUUUAACAGCGAAAUUUAAUGAUCUAUUUAAAGGUUCUGCAAGCACAUGAAAUAUAAUUUAAUCAUAAUUAUUAAAUUAUGCUAAAUUGCAUAUUGGAAAGAGAAUUAUAUUUUAAAAUUGCAUUUAAAUUAAAUAAAUAUCACGUAUUUUGUUUUUGCAAAUCGAAUAGGCGAUAAAUUAUAUUCAAAGAGAGAUCGUAAUAUUGCAUUAUUAUUUAAUUAUAAUUAUUAAAUCAUAAAGUAUAUAUAAUGAAUUCUACAACAUUGAAUUAUGAAGGAUUAAAUCGCAUUAAAUUAUAUUUUGAUACGAAUCAAACGAUAAAUUAUAUGACUAUUAAGAAAAA